AUGAAGCUGACCCUGCCUCUGCUGCUGGUCACCCUGGCCCUUUGCUGCCCCGACGCUAACGCAGGGCCAGUCUGUCCAGCCCUUACCUCUGUGAUGACCAACUUCCUGUUGGGGCCUAGAGGGUCCCUCAAACGGGAGAUGAAUAGGGUCGACGCACCUGCAGAAGCCAUGCAGGGCACACUGAAUGUGAAGACAUGCGUGGACAAACUCAGCCUAUUGGACCGAUUUUCGGUGGCCAAGUUUGUGAAGAUUGUCGAAAUCAAGUGUAAGAAGCAGUCUGCGUAA